AUGGAGAUUUGGUUCGUGGUGUUCAGUAUCUGCCUCUCCUUCGCUGACGCCGUUUGUCCCUCGGGCUGCUCUUGUCGUGCUCGUUACGUUGACUGUGUCGCCAGAGGUCACACCCAUAUCCCGUCUUUCUCCGCCUCCAACGUCGCCGCUGAAUACGAUGUGUUAGAUCUGAGACAGAACAGCAUAACAAGUCUGAAUAAUGGAAGCUUUACCAAUGCGCCAUUCAAGACUGUUUACCUUUCAAAUAACGGACUUAAUGAUAGUCUAAUAUCCACUGGAGCCUUUGAAGGAUUAAAAGAUUCGGUUACUUACCUUGACCUAAGCCAUAACAGUCUUCACCAUCUUCCCGCGGCUUUGAAAGAUUUAAACAAAAUUGAAGACUUAGAUGUAUCCCAUAAUCCUAUGCUAUCGUCACGUGACUUUAAAGAUGAUGUUAUGAAGGCGAUGGGUGACACAAUAACUAGUUUCACCUUUGGAAGUGAUCAGUUGUUUGGAUGGCCAACCACUUUGAACCAUUUCGUUCAACUCCAGCGCCUACAUGUUGAUGAAAUGGGUAGAUUUAUGAAAGUCUUGCCUCCCGAGGCGUUUCAUGGCUUUGAAACAACUCUUCUACAUCUCACGAUAGAACACACACAUUUGGUAGCCGUGCCAAUCGGAAUAAGCAGAUUAAGGAAUCUCGAAGAACUCCAUUUUGAUGAUAAUCCUGAAGUGACUGAUAGGGGUGUAUUAAUACAGUCUUUCCCCCUUAGCAGUCAUAAAUUAAGGACUGUCAGUUUGAACGCUGAUGGACUGACAAAAUUUCCUCCUGUAUUGAAGUAUUUACGAGGACUGUCAAAUCUGAGUUUAGAUAGAAAUGUUCUCGAUUUUCUCAGCGAUGCCUCCAUCAGUGGAAAUGUAACCGUUGUUAACCUCACUCUUAUCGACUGUGGCUUAGAUAGAAUCCCUGGAGCUCUGGCAGACUUAGACUUCUUAACGACGCUCGAUCUAUCAAAAAACGCCAUAAGGACUAUUGAACAAAACGAUCUACGGAAUCUUCCGAACCUUCAACAUUUGAAAAUUCAAAACGCAUCUUUGGAAUACAUAUCGAACACUGCUCUGGAGAAUUUGCAUAACUUGGUUAGUUUGGAUUUCAAAAAUACGAAACUAACCCAGGUUCCACAAGCAGUUAACCUAUUACAUCCCUGUGUCGCACAACUUCACCUGGAUGGUAAUAAGAUCGACUGUAUGUGUGAAACUCUUGUAUGGCUGGCAAAUAAAACCGAGGAAUGUCUGACAAAUAGAACGCCCAUGACAAUUACUGGAGAGUGUGACACGAUUGAUUCCAAGGUCAAUGACUAUGUCACCAAUUACGUCCCUAAGUGUCCCCAGUAUAAGGAGGAACGCCAUAUUGCACCAUACGAUGGACAUUAGAAUCUUCUGCGACUUUGUAACACAAAAAAUUGUAUA